UUAUUUUUAAGAGAUUAAUAUUUGAUUUUCUUUCCUGUCUGUUAUUGUACUGUUUUAUUCGGUAACACUUUAGUAUAAGGACCAAUUCUCACUAUUAUCCAGUUGCUUAUUAGCAUGCCUAUUAUUAGCAUAUUGGCUGUUUAUAAAGCACAUAUUCUACAUGACCAUAUUCUACAUCCCUAUUCCUACCCAAUACCUUAACCUAACAACUACCUUACUAACUAUUAAUAAGCAACAAAUUAAGAGUUAACUAAGCAAAAGUUGUAGUUAAUAGAUACUAAAACCGAGAACUGGACCUUAAAAUAAAGUGUGACCUUUUAUUCUUCUAUAAAAAUGCUGCGUUGUUUUCUACCCAUGGUUGGGCAAAUAUUGGACAGAACACACUUGGGUUAAUAAUAAACAUUCUGGGUUGUUGCUACCCAACUAUGGUUCCUAAUACAAUCCAGCAUUUUUUUGGAGUGUAACUAAAACAUUUACCUGCAUUUUGCCUAAAUAUGCUGCAAAUUAUACAGCCUACCAUUAUUUAAUUAGUGUAGAUUGCAAAACAUUACACAUAAUAACCCAUAUGACAGCAACAAAUAGGCCUACACAAAUACGUUAUGACACUUUUGUCAAAAUCUCAAAAAUACAUACAGUAUGUACAUAACUGUGCAAUGACAUCUAACUCGCAAAAAUACCAACACAUAUGAACGAUAAAAUACUGUAGAUACACGAGUCAUAUAUUUACCAACAAUAUUGUUAACUAAUUGAAACUUCAGCUUUUACAUCCUGUGGCACCAUGGCACAUUCACAGAGCACAAGUGUUCGCAUCCCCUGUUCUUUCAGAGCGUGUAAGUGUACUUCAGACUCUAGAGGUCUCCAUCCUUCAGCAUCCGCACGCAGCACGCUGUACAUUCUUCUGCAUCGGCAACAGACCUAGAGAGAGAGAGAGCGAGAGAGAGCGAGAGAGAGAGAGAGAGAGAGAGAGAGAGAGAGAGAGGUGGGGAGAAAGAGAGGACACCGCGCAACGGCAACCUGAGACGCGCGUCCUCCGUCAGAGCGCACGAACGGGGAACUCUGGUGGUUUGACGGUGAAACAGAUGGAAACGUCCUGAAGAUGAUCUACCAGACCUUGAUGAUGGAUCCGUCUUUCGGCACGUCCAGCUAUGCUGUCCUUGCACUCGUCUCCUUAUAGAUCAUUUUUUUCCCUUUUAAGUGCUCCACUACAGCUUUUUGUGAUUGAACACUUGAAUCCGUCUGAAGAAUAGCGAAGGAACCGGGCGCAUUGUUUCCAGUCUCAAUAUUACAGAGGACUUCAGUUCAUACAGGAUUCGUGAUGUCUGCCUCACACAGCUCCUUAUUCCUUUUGUUGUUGAGCUUGCUCUCAGCUGGAGCUCAGACCGAGAUGAAGCGAGUUGUUGGGGACAACGCAACGUUGCCUUGCCAUCACCAAUUCUGGCAGUCGAACGGGCAGACGCUGGACAUCGAGUGGCUCUUGCAGAAACCUAACGUCAAACAACGUGUGAUCAUCACAUUCUUCAACAACGAGGUCUAUAUCAAUGACAACCCUGCCAGCCGGCUGUCCUUCGCAGGCGACUACCUAAACGGAGAUGCCUCUCUCCUUAUCGGCGAUCUUCAGCUGACGGACUCUGGAGAAUACCACUGCAAGGUCAAAACAGGUGGCAAAUACCACUGGAGCCAAGUCAACCUCAUCGUGCUGGUGAAACCCUCAAAGCCCCGGUGCUGGAUGGAGGGCAGGCUGCUGGAGGGCAGUGAUGUGAAACUGAGCUGCAAGUCCUCUGAUGGAUCUGACCCCAUCAACUACAAAUGGGAGAGAGUUCUGGAUAAGGGCAAGAGUGUGGGGAAACUACCUCCCCUCGCCCUCAUUGAUCUGAAGAACCCAGAGAUCGUGACCUUGAGAAACUUGACACAGGACAGCUCGGGGGUCUACAGGUGCACCGCCAGCAAUGAUGUGGGAGAGGAGAACUGCAUCAUCGAGGUCACAAUGCAAUAUGUGAGGGGUAUGGGUGUGGUGGCUGGCGCAGUGGUUGGCGUUUCGUUCGGCGUCCUGCUUCUCCUUCUCAUCAUCUGGCUCGUCUUCCGCAAGAAGGAGAAAAAGAAAUAUGAAGAGGAGGAGACUCCUAAUGAGAUCAGGGAGGAUGCCGAAGCUCCUAAAUCCAAACUAGUGAAGCCCAACUCCCUCUCCUCUUCUCGCUCCGGCAGCUCGCGCUCUGGUGCUUCCUCCACGCAGUCCAUGGUGCACAACAGCGGGCCCCGAAGCCAACGCCCGCGACCACCCGCGGUCGCCGCCCUCAAGGAGAACGGACAGCCCCACGUGUUUCCCCAGUCUCCCCCGGCCUACACGCAUGUGGUGCCCAAGACCCCCGAACCCCCUGUCACCCCAAAAUUCCGACCCCCCAACCCUCCAGUAGGCAUGGCCAUUCCCGCCGGAGUCAUGGUGCCCGCCCAAAGCAAGGCCUUCCAGACAGUGUAGAGAGACGAAACACAGCCUGCUGCGGGCAUCUAUACGGGAAACCCACAGUGACUCCAAAAGUUGCACCUAUGAUUUGGGAAAAAUACACACUUUAAAAAAGAAACUAUAAAUAAAAGCGUAACUAAAGGAUGUAAUUCAAAACAAAAUCAUAAGCUAAAAAGUUGAAUGCAUAUUUAUAAGGGAAAAUACAAAGUGCUUGCCCCCUUCUGAAGUAUAAUAGAAAAUAAGAAGAGAGGAAAUGAGGAACACAAAUGUUUCGUCUCAUUUGUCUUUCUUUUGAUCUCACUGCGCAGGCCUUUUUUCAUUAUGUUAUUUCUCUUUUUAAACUCACGAAGGCUUUGGAAGCGUUGUGGCCAGUGGGGUGGAAAGAUUUCCCCAAGUGCAGUUUAUUUAUUUAUUGAAUCGCAGAGGCUAAAGGACCAAGGGCAGGCUGGGUUUAUGAAACACGAUGUAGAGGCGAUAAAGGAGCAGCCGGCUCACCGUCUGAAGAGAAAUAAAGGAUAUUAUCUGAGAGUUUGUUGUUGGCAGCUGCAAAAGUACGAACUUCCAGUCCAUCACGUUCAGUGUUUCCCAGAAUGCAGUGCAGCUUCCCCCAGACAUCAAAAUCUAAAGCAAUCUGAUUAACGUCUAAAACCUCCAAUGAGAAAGCAAACGCUGGGCGGAUGGAAUGAGGGACUUUCUGAUGGACAUUCCAGCACAUGGAGACACAAAUGAGACGUGUUUGAGAUGCAGUGGCACUGAAGGACUACAUGUUUGCUAAAUGGUUGCUCUUUUGCCUGCAGUACUAUAAAACCAUCAGCAUUUGUGAGCCAGGUGCUGUCUUCGCUGGCGCCACGCAUAUUUUAUUCAAGUCAUUGUCAUUCUUUUCAUUUAGAUUCUGCACCUUAUUCUGAAAACUCAAUUGUGGCAAUCAUGGCAUCUGUAAUUCAUCUAAUCACCAAAUGAUGGAGACGAGCAUUACAAUUAAAGGCAUAUCUUGACAUGCCACACAUACAGUAGUAACAUGCCAGCAAAGCAUACCAGAUGGCAAUGGUUUGUGGCAUCUUCUACAACCUGCCACUAAGAACCAGUCGGCACAACUGCGCUGUGCAAAUUUCAUUCAGCCCUUUUUUGGAGGGCACAUUUGUGUCAUUACUCGAUUUGCAUAAGUGAACUGCUGGAAACAACGCAGGCGGUGCGAAAUAAAUGUCAAUAUGUUUCAUUCCUUGUGAAUUCCCUACGGCUCUGCACUCUUUAACAAAUAUUUGCAGUCAAAUGUGUAUAUACAGGAACGCGUGACAGAAAGUCUGUGGUCUGGAUUCAUCCUCACUGUUUAUUAAACAGCAUCGCUUCAGUUUGUAUCACAUGCAGCUUUAUUUACGAUGAUACUGAAACCAAAAUCUGUUAUUGAAUACUAUGAAUGUGUGUAAGGCAAAGAUGCUUUUAUUUAUUUUUGUCCUUCUUUUCUAGAAUACCCAGCGGUAGUACAUGAUAACAUAUGAGGCACAAGUAACUUUGAAUAUAAUCUCACAGUACUGUUUGAAAGGACUUCUGUACAGAGUAUGGGCAAAAUAGUGCUCGCGUGGGACGCGGGUGCUGGUUCGCGUACGCACCGUGGUACGCUCUCCUAGGACUGUCUCAAUAUGGCUGCCUUUUUGUGUCACACGCCCCGUGGCUUCGUCUGCCGAGCGCUGUCAAAACCUUCUCCAUUAGCUGUGUCUCCGCACCCUCGGGAAGGCCUCGCUCGAUGCAUUUUUGAGAUUUGAAAUGGACAAGUUGCCUGUUUUGUGUGCCUUCACAUUAACUUGUUCCCUCUUUUAUUCCUUCACAUGCCGAAAAAUGGAUGUCCUGGAAGCCACGUGUAAAGUCGGCGAAGAGAGAACGUUCUGGCACAAAGAGGCAGUCAUAGACAGCCACACAAAUGAUAUACACUAUGUAGUCAUGAUGUUGUUUUAUAUUGUACAUACAGAUAAAUAUAUGCACACGAUAUUCUUUAAGUUAUGGGUUGAAGAUUGGGGUUAUAGGCCGUAAUAAAGAUGUAGAUGAGGUAUUAUGCAUUUUCUGGAAGUAAUAAUUGGUCACGGUACCCCCGACCCGCUAAGCUCCCUUUAAUGAGUAGAAUAAUUUCAUUCUUUAUGGCUACUUGUAUAUCUGCCACUAAUGGACCUUAAGAAAAUAUCUAAGAGAGCAAAAGCCAUAAGAUACGAGGAAGUAUAAGACGCAAUUACCCACAAACAAUCCAUCCUCAUACACACAUUUGCGCUUUACAUUCGCAACCAAUUCUCAUUGGGGAUCUUAGCUUCCCCUAUGAUUGUGUUCGGUAUACAUAGAGCUACAUCUCUCCCCAAGUGUACACCGGCUGACACAACCUCAUAAAUUGGCACGUUCUCUAGAGUCGCAUACUCCAGGAGUUGCUGGGUGGACUGUUGUCAGCAAGUAUGAUGGAUGGCCUGUCACACAAUGUGGGGAGUGAAUGAUGGAAAGUGUAAGGGCAAGGAACACAGGGCGCUUCGCUUCCAAACCUCACAGAGGUUGUCUAGCAUCCUUACCUCCGAACUGAAACGAGGAUGAUUUGAGUGUGGGUUUGUACUCUCCCAGAACCCCUCAAAUUGGGUCAAUUCUUCGUCUGAGUGCUGCGUUCCGAAUCCAAGUGAGCUGUCUUCUAAGCCUUCUCAGAAGAUAUGAAUUCCCUUGCAAUAUUUCAAAUGGUGGCAUGCAGACCCUUUAGACUUCAGAAAAGACAAAAAGGCAGAAGAUUCAAGUUUUAUAAAAUUUUCAGUAUUGAAUCAUUUAUAUUUUAUAGAUUAUAUCAAAAAUCAAAUUAUAUCAAAAAAAUUCUCACUUAGUCUGUUGCAAGGCAUUAUGGGAUUGCUGAGAGAGUUACAGUACGCAACCAAUAAAUGUGCUGCUACCUUGGAAUUUGGCCACGUUAAAGGUUUGAAACACACCUAAAGCUAUGUUCACACUUGGCGACUUUUUUGAAGCUGCCAGCGUCUGUUUUACAUUAUAGUCCUAUGUAGUAAACCGUGUUUUCAAAAACGUCCCAAGCAGGUUUUUUUACGCCACGGCCGGCGUCUUUUUCUGCAGCUCAGAGCGUCUUUUCAAGUUGAAAAAGUUCAACUUUUCGGAAAAAAAUACGCCUACCUUUUUGACAGCUGACCAAUGAAAAGCCAGUAGCAAGAUCUGUCGUUUCCAUAACAACAAGAACAGCAUGUGCAGAAGGUGAUUGGUCGAGCAAGAUCAAGCGUGGGAAAAAAUGCCAUCCGAAAUGGCAGCUGUUUUUAACUUCAACAUUUUCUUGUCAAAAAAGACGGCAAGUGUGAACAUGCCCUUAGAUGUCUUAAAAGUAUACAUAGAGAGCUCACAUGGGUUCAGAACACAGACAUUGUAGUAUGUUUAUUUUAUUCAAACAUUUAAGUGUGCGACUCCUCUUCCGGCUGUUUUUUUAUUCGGCUUUUGGUUUGUUUUCUGAGCGUUCGAAUGCAUUUCUCCUGCAACAAGACAAGCCUGGUCCACUUUCUCACACAACUAAUCUUUGGUAGCGUUCAUUAUUACUCAAUACUUCUAAAGAGCCUUCAUAGUAGAGUAUUUAUAAACUAUCAGCGCACAUUUUGAAGUGAUGCUCACGUUGCAUACGGGCAUUCUCCUCUGAAUGGAAGUUCAGACCUGGGAAACCUUCAAAGUACAUCUGCAAUGGGUUAUGAAAUUGAGCACCAAUUUAAAAAUGUAUUGACUGUAUGUGUAACCGAUCAUUGUUAUCCAACGUGGUUAUCAAAAGUACUGGCAGACGUCUCAGAAAGGCUCCUUUGACUCCUCUUAGAAGUUGUAGCAGUUUGUGUUACUUGGAAAGGGGGAUUCUUUUCCAUUGGGAAAGCAAAGGGAUUGCAUGUUAUGGCCUACAGGUCAGAUAUUGGGAAUGCUUUGCUUCUGUGUUCAUACCUGCAUUCGGUUGAAUAUGUAAGUGUAAAUAUGACCAGAUCCUCUAUGUAAGUUUGGGUUUUUGUUUGGAUUUUUCAUGUCACGUUGAUUUUAUUUUACAUGAACUGUUUCCAUCUGUUCAAUUAUUUUUGUUGGUUUAUUUGAAUGUGGGGACUUGGGGCCUGUAUUUGGCCGUGAGUCACAAUCGGGUACUGUAAGAAGAAAGGAACAUUCUCAUCUUUCUUUUUGCUGUUGCAUUCAUUUUGAGUUUUGUAACCCGUUUGUUCAUUUCCGAAAAGAUCCAUUCUUGUAAAUAUGUCCCUCUACAAGUAAAAAAAAUGUAUAUUUUUACGGACUCUGAGUUAUUAAUACUUCAUUUGCAAAUAAAAUAUUCAAUGACAAGUUAUUUGGCAGCCCGUCAUUUGAUUAGUCGGAAGCGAAAACGCAUGCGUUUGCUUUAAUUCAUAUUUAGAUUAGAACGAAUAGUUGUGUGAUGGAAAUUACCUUAAUACAUAAUUAGCAAUAAUGUUGAAAUUUUGAUGAGAACAAAAGAUGCAUCAUUCAAAUAUUAUUCAACAAUGUGUUUGAAUUGAUUUGAGCUAUUAUGUAGACACGAGGAAAUGAGUUAAACAAGUGACAUCAUUAGAG